UGAGAAACCUGAUAAGAGUGAGUCGGUAGAAGUUUAUAAAUGAUGGGAAAUGUAGUUUUGGUUUAUAUAAGGGAGAAAAAACAAUAGAAGAAACAAAACUUGUUCACCGUUUGAUUUUUCCAAACUCUCUUUAUGCUUUUGUUUGGUUUGUUAGUUUGUUUUUUAGAAAUUGACUCAGUGUUGCCAAGUGAGGUAAAUGAUGAUAAACUGUAACAACAUGAACACCACAAUCGCCCAAUCGUCUUUCUCCCUUAGGUGAGUUAUUAAGGCCCUAAUCCGAACUUCUGUGAAGUGAAGUUAAAACUUGUUUUGUUGUCGAUGAAGAUUCCUGGAUCAGAGAAGUUCAGUGUUUGUUUUAGAGAUAAGCAGCAGGGGCGUGGUUCCUACUCAGUCUGUCAGUUUCUCCUCCUCGCGGCCAAAACCAAACAGGAGGAGCUGCGAUGAUGAUGAUGAUGAUGAUGAGGAGGAUGUGCACACACACCGCAGGUCUUAAACAGAAAACCUCCAUGUUGCUUUAUUUCCACCUCUUCAGAUCGUUUUAUGGUAUUUUUGCGUAAAAGUUGCUUCUUCAAACUCUAACCCUUCCACUGGACUUCUGAUCAAUUCCAUCUGGAGCCGACAGUCUCCACAUGUGACCUUCAGACCUUCUGUCACCGGGUAAAACACCGGACUUCCCACGGACACGCAGCAGGCGUGAUGCAGCAGCAGAACCAGGAACGGCUGCUCAAAGUGCUGGUCAUCGGUGACCUGGGUGUGGGGAAGACGUCCGUCAUCAAGCGCUACGUGCACGAGGUCUUCUCCCAGCACUACCGAGCCACCAUCGGUGUAGACUUCGCCCUGAAGGUCCUGAACUGGGAGCACGGUUCUGUGCUGCGCCUGCAGCUGUGGGACAUCGCAGGACAGGAACGCUAUGGCAACAUGACCCGUGUGUACUACAGGGAGGCCGUGGGUGCCCUCGUUGUCUUCGACAUGACCAGGCUGUCCACCUUCCAAGCUGUCCUCAAGUGGAAAGGAGACCUGGACUCCAAGGUCACCCUGAAAAAUGGGAAGUCAGUCCCUGCUGUCCUGUUGGCCAACAAGUGUGACCAGAGUCGUAACGGCCUGUGCCCCAAACUGCCCAAACUGGAGAACUUUUCAAGGCAGUACGGAUUUGUUGACUGGUUUGAAACUUCAGCAAAGGACAACACCAACAUCGACGCAGCCAUCACAUGCCUAGUCAAAAGCAUCUUGUCUGCAGAGGAUGAACGACAAGCCUCGAGCAACGCAUCCAGUGCUGCGGCCAAGAGUGAGCAGGAUGGCAGUGUCCUCGUUCUACCACAGUUCCAUUACAACGAGAAGGAGAAUGGACUGGGAGGAUGUUCAGGCUGUAGCUCACUGAAAAAACACAGAGACAAUGAGUAAAGAAUCCACAUCUGUGUACUUAAAAAACACAAAUGUAUUUUUGAAUAUUUAAAUCUUCAAACUGAAGUUUCCAUAAGUCAUAUAUAUAUAUCUAUAUAGUAUUAAUUAUGAAACUAUCAAAAAAUAAAUUGAUAUAUCCUGAUUGGUUGCUUAAUGCAAAGUGCAUAAACUAUUUUUAUAAAUUACAUUUUGAAUUAAUAGCCAUUAA